AUGCCCUCAUUAUCGCAACGAAUGCGCAAACUGCAAACCAGACUCCUCGCGAUCCGUCUCGGUUCCGGAGCUCUCGUCCUACCCAAGGAAAUCAAACGAAUCCACAUGCGCUUUGCGCCCAAAAUCAAUGGAGGACACAUGGGAUCAAGGUAAACAAAAAAAAACUACUCCCUCGAACCCAAGAGACGCUAGUGUUGUAACUGAGAGAUAAUGUAUAGAAAGUUCUGGCGGCACGAACUCGUCCGACUAAAAUACCACAACCCGGCAGUCUCAAUGACAGUAGACAACCAAGCCGAACAGGACGAACCCGCUACCAUGUCGAUAUACUUCUCGCGGAAUCCCGAGUCCCAGACACAGGCGCAGGCACAGGCACAGGCAGAAACACAAUCCGAAGCGGAGGAGAGGGUGGAGAGGAUAAACAUGAAGGGCUACACGAAUUCGGAAAUCUUGGAUGCCCUGGUGAAUCUGACGAAAGCGCAGCCGAUCGAGCCCACACCGCAGGAUCAGGAAGAGCUGGCGAGAUUGGAGGAGCAGAGGAAGAGGAGUGAGGUGGAUAGUUUGCUGUCGCAACAAGUGCGGGCGAAGGUGAAGAGGGAGAAAGAAUUGCUUCAGCAGGCAAGAGGAGAUAUGGCUGCGCAAACGGCAUAG